UUAGAGAGUUACAUAAAUUCACUAUGAAUGACCAAGACAAAGUGUUGAAAUAUUUAGUGUCUGUCGAAAAGUUAGCCAAUGAAAUUUUGUCUGACAAACGCGAGAUUAUUUUGCUCGACAAAAGAAGAAACCAUAACAGAGAAGCCCUACGGGAUCUAACGAAAUCGUGUCAGCUAAAGUGUUGGAUGACUGUAGGUUCAAUUUUGAUCAAAAAUGAUGUUGAAGUUACUAAAAAUCUUUUAGAAGCUGAUCAAAAACAAUUAAGUAUUGAUAUAAACAAACUCCGCUGUGAUCUUAAAGUGAAAUUAAAUGAUCUAAGAGAUUUAGAAAUGCAACCACCUGUACCUGGACUAAUGUUAGUUCCUAUGUCUCAUACAGAAAUGCAAGGAUUGACAAAAGCUGGUCUAUUUUCUGAAGAUUAAACAAUUCUAAAAUACC